GUAUCUCAUUCACUGAACUUAGCUCAAGAGAUUAACUUAUAUUAAAAACUCUCAGAAAAUGGAAGGCAUGAGUAAAGUGUUUUUAAUAUUUGUUCUUGCUGUAUUGAUGAAUAAGGAGGCUGUAUCGGCAACGGAUCACACGGUUGGAGGAAGCUCUGGUUGGGACGAAUCUACAGACUUUAGUUCAUGGGCGUCUGGUGAGACCUUCAAGGUUGGCGACAAACUUGUUUUCAAGUAUUCCACAAUGCACAGUGUAGUAGAACUGGGGGAUGAAAGUGCGUACAAGAGCUGUGGCAUUGGAAGUGCAAUUGAUUCCAUGAAGGGUGGGAAGAGUGUAGUGAAGUUAGAUAAGCCGGGAACACGAUACUUUGCCUGUGGCACAAUGGGACAUUGCGAUCAAGGAAUGAAGGUCAAGAUUAAAACCGUCUCUGCAUCUUCAGCUCCUUCGUCUUCUUCUACUCCCUCAUCUUCUUCUUCUUCUUCAACACCAGCAUCUCAGUCCAAGGCUGUCCACCCUUAUUCUUCGUCCAUUUUCAUGGCUAUUUUGGUUGUGUCCGCUAUGGUUUUCACCAUGUUUUAACUAGUGAAAAGGCUACAUUAUUUUGCCAGAGGCGAGACGCCGAGACCUGUCUGCAUAGCUGUGAGUUCUAUAAAUUCUAGUAUUGGAUACUUGAGUUAUCCCUUGUAAUAAUGUUGCAUUUAUCAAAAUUUCUUUUAAGUAGUGAUGUACUUGAUUUCGUUGUAAAACAAAAUAUCUUCUAGGUAGUAGUAUAUGUUUGGGGAAACUUCAACCUGAGACAUAUCUGUAAACAAUCCAACAUCUUUAUUGAAAGAAAUAACGUGUGUGUGGUAAUUUGCAUCUUCUCAGACCCGAUGAAACAGUUGUAAAAGAAUAACAUAUAUGAAUGAAUGUGAUCUUCAGAAAGUUGCUCUGUUGAUAUCAAUUUCCUUCUUUCAUUGCCUUGGCUUUUUCAAGAUGAGGAAAAACACUCAGAAUGUUGUGAGCCCUCAGAUCUUGCCUGGUCAAUAUCCCAACCACCGGUGACACCUGUUAAAAGAACAGCAGCACCAGAAUAGAUUUAUGUAUCUUUUAAGAUCAUCAAGUAUCCAAGUAAGUAAAGGAUCUACAUUUUGUGUAAUAUUGUAUAUGCAUGAAAUUCUUAAUCAAUUGAACGUACCCCAGAGCCUUGAAACUUGGGCAGGACGAGCAUAUGUCGGAGGCCUACCUCCCUAAAGAGCACCAGAGCCUUGGCAACUGACAUGGUCUCCACGACCGUGUAAGCUGUUGUAUUUGUGAGAGGAUGCAGAUCAACAUACAUCUCCAUGUCGUCCUUUGUCACAGCCACCUCCUCAAUCUUGACUAGCCUUUCAGCCAGAUCAACUGACGUAAAUUUCUCUCUAACUUCCCAUUCCUUUGUUCUCCUUCUCACUUGCAGGAACCAUUUCUUGUUUAAAACUAAAAGGAGGUGAGCUCUUAAAAUAAGGCCAUGCAGUUCCCUUUCCCCAGUAGGCAGAUGGCCAAGUGGCACCUCCCUGUCAUCUACAACAGGGAAUCCAUUGUGGGUGGUGUUGCGCAGGACCUCUACAAUGCGUCCCACUUUCUCAAUCCCACGUAGGGUUACAACUGGUGGCUUGACAUCAGCUAGUUCGCCAACUGUGAUAUUUCUCAUCCACGGUUCAGGAUGAGCAUCCAAGAAAGGUAGUCCUUUUAAAUCUAGUAUAAUCUCAUAAAUGCUGGGAUUAAAGCAAUCUCCAACGGUUUUGGCAAUUAGGAGGACAAGCAUCGUUAUUGGUAGCAGGAGAAGGUUAUUGGUCAGUUCAAGAAAUAUGACACAAAGGGAAACUGUCAUUCUCAUUGAUCCAGCCAUGAGGGAGGCUGCUCCUAGAACAGCAUACAGUCCCUGGUCAAUUUUUGUGUAAUCUCCCAAUAUUGUACCAAGCAUUCUGCCAUAUGCUGAUCCCAUAAGGAUAAUUGGGAGGAAAAGACCUGACGGGACAGCAAUGCCAAAGGUAAAGAGUCCCAAGAUGCAGUAUAAAGCAAAAAAGAUGAUAAGUGAGAAAUAUUGGAAUUCUGUAGCAGUGUUUGUGGAAAAAAUGUUUCGUACAGCAUCAUCAUUGGUCGUAUGCAGUAGGGUGGCUAGGUCAUUGUAGUGACCACUUGGGCAGUUGAACUGCUUGAAGUUCCCUACCCGUCCUGUGGUUGGGCAAGCUUCCUGAAGUGAGGGAUCACAAGGUGUGCAACUGGCAAGGAAAGGCAGUCCAUAUAGGCAUGCUGAAGUGAACAAAGA